GAGGCCUUGAAGAAAAUUGUGAUCAGAGCAACAGGCAAGGGUUUAAUAUAUAAGGACAGGAUAUACAGAUGUCAUAAUGUUCUGCCAGAAGGUGACUUGAUCUACCCACUUACCUUCACUCCAACACAAGUGGGUGACAGAAGACUUUGUGUGUGCAGCUUCAGAGUGACAAGUUUGAGCUCAUCACCAGCUUUCAGAAUUUGGAGGUGUUACCUAACAAUGUUGAAGAAUGGUCUGUCCAUCACUGGGAGGUAUUCCAGAAGUUUUCAGAAGCCACUUCUUCUUCAGAAGAGACAGAGUCCAUCAGUCUCAGCAUCCACACGGAAAGCGAAGCAUUCUAUGGAUAUGACAUCCCCUUUUCACUGGAAGUCUCUAACAAAAGCAAAGUGCAGAAAAGCCUUUAUGUUUGUCUUACAGCAGAGUAUGUUGAUGAGGAUGGGAAUGGUAGCAUACAUUUCUGGCAAGAAAACUUUGAUGUGUCUUUGCAGGCAAACGGAGGCCAUAUAUUCAAAACCCAGAUUCCACGACUGCAGUACGCAGUGUCCCCAGUGGAGAGCAACAUGGUGAGACUCACCGGUCUUGUGAAAGACAUCACCAGUACAUACUGCUCAAGCAGGAUGGUGAUUCUGUACAAACCCCAGAUUGCCAUCAAGAUGCCAGAAGAAGCACCGCUGUACAAGCCUAUAACAGCCAUAAUCACAAUCACAAACCCCCUUGACAAGCAGCUAGAAGACUGCACUGUAACAGUGUCUGGAGAAGGCCUUAUACACAAAGAGAGAUCCUACAAAUGUGAUAACAUUGACCCAGGAAGUGAAAGAGAUUGCCGCAUCAGCUUUUCUCCAACUCAAACAGGUCUGCUGAAAUUUUGCAUGAAAUUCAACUGCAGGCAGUUCAGAGAAGUAACACGGUGCCAGAGUGUGGAGGUCCAGCCAUUUAAAUUAUUCUUCACCAAGUGA